AUGUUGAGAAUUAUUAUCAAUAAUAACAAAAAAUCCAAAGAAAUUCCAGAUUAAAAGGAUUCAGUUUCUACAAGCACUCCAGAUUCUUAAAGUGAUAAGAAUGAGAGAUAAUUAAAUGAUAAAAAGAAUUAGAUUAUAUAAUCAGAUAUUUUAAAGGCAACAUAUACAUUAGAUAUAAAAUAAAAAAUAGAACUUAGAAAAAAAGAGAUAAAAGAAUUAGUAAAUAAUGAUAUUGCAAUCAAAAUUUAAGAGAUAUACAGUAUUUAAGAACUUUUGAAACAACUGAAAUAAAUUAUUGUAUAAGAAGUAGAUAAUAUUAUUGAAAAUGCAGAAUAAUGGAUAAGAAAGUUAAAUUGUUUAAGGUUUGAUUAAGUUUUGAAAAAUCAAAAUUUAUAGGAUAAUUUAAAUGGAGAUGAUUAGUUUUUAAAAUAGUAAAUAGAUAAAAUAAAUUAAUAGAAUAGAUAUAUGAAAUAAAGAAUUAUUAAAUAAUUACAAAGAUUUAAGAAUUUUAAAGGUAAUGAUGAGUGUUUUAGUAGAUUAAAUAAUAUAUAAAUAAAUGAUAAUAAUAAUGAAUAUAUUUUGAUAGGAGAAGAUGAUUAAGUAACAUAGAAUGAUAUAAUUUCAGUUAGUGAAGAAAAGAAAUAGGUAGAUUCAAUUUAAGAAAAGAUUAAGUUAAAAUUAAUAGAUAAUAAAAAUAAUAAAUAAGAUGGUAGAUUUGAAUCAAUAGUAUUUGAUAAAACUGGAUCAAUUAUGGUUUCAAAUGAUAUGGAAUCAAUAAAAAUAUGGAGAUUUGAAAAAGGAGAAUUAAGUUUAUAAAAUCAACUUUAAAUACACAAUCUUCAUGUUAAAUGUCUAGUUUAUAGUAAAUUCUUAAAUAAUUUUAUUUCUGGUUCUGCAGAUAAGAAGAUUAUUUGUUGGAAAUAAGUUAAUCUGAAUAAAUGGAAUUCAAAUAUAUAUUAAUAUCAUUAUGAUACUGUUAAUUGUUUAAUAUUAAAUUAAAAAGAAGAUGAAUUGAUAUCAGGAAGUGAUGAUAAAUAAAUUAUCAUUUGGAGUGUAGAUUUUAUAAAUAAUCAACUUACUUAUAAGUAUUCUUUAAAAUAGCAUUCUGAAUAUGUUCUAUCAUUAAGUUAUAAUUAAUCUGAGAAUUCAUUUUUAUCUUGUGGAUCUGAUUUAUAUAUUAUUUGGAAGAAAAAAACUAAUAUUGAUAAUUAAUAAGUUAUAAAUAAUAUUAAAUCUAAUGAAUUUUAAUACUAUUUGGAUCAAUUAAAAUAUUUGCCUAAAGGAAAUAGAGUUAUAUUUAUUAAUGAUUAUUAAUUCCUUUGGGUAACCUAAAAUUAGGGUAUUUUAGUAUUUGAAUAAAAAUGGUCAAUGUAUUAAUAAAAUAAGAAUAAGACUAUUAAUAUUAAAAAUAAUGAUUGCGAAGAUUAAUACUAUUUUCCUAUAAUAUAUAAUAAAAAUAAGAAUUUCCUAUUAAUAAAACAUAAAUAUCAUAUCUAUCUAAUUAGAUAAUUAGAAAAUGGGAAAUUUAUUAUUAUAUCAUCUGUUGAUUGUGGAACUCAACAUAAUUAUGGUACUAUAACAAAUGAUGGAUAAUAUUUAGUAUUUUGGGAUUAGAAAUUAAAGAAAUAUUCAACAUAUCAGAUACUAUAAGUAUGA